AUGAGGCGGAAUCGCUCCCCAACAUCACCUUCACCCUACCGCGCCCUCGCCCAUGCCGGCGCGGGCGCGGGCGGGGUGCCAGAUUCCCUCUCACUCCUCAGGUCCUUCAACGUUGAUACGAACCCUACCCGCCCUAUGCGGCCAUCCCCACUCACCGCUUCCACCAUCCGCGAUAUGCCGCUCGACUUGGUUGAUCGCAUCAGAUCAUUUCCCCUGUUUGUGUCUGCGCCAGACGAGUUCUUGGCCGCUAUCGGAAACCAUUUGAGACCACAAGUUCAUGCUGCACAGGACCACAUUCUCACAGAGGGCGAUGAUGCCAGAGCAAUGUACUGGCUGGUGCGCGGAGUCGUGGCUGUCACCUCUAGAGACGGUGAAGCCAUUUAUGCAGAACUCAAGCCCGGUGCCUUUUUCGGAGAAAUCGGUGUAUUGAUGGACGUACCGCGAACUGCGACCAUUGUGGCUCGGACAAAAUGCCUUCUCGUGGUCCUUAAGAAGGAAGACCUCCAGGCCGAGUUACCGAAAUUCCCGGAUAUGGAACGUGCUAUUCGUCACGAAGCUCAAGAGCGGUUAAACAUUCUCAAGAAGAAGCGCCAAGAGGGCGGGCAACUCAUCAAGCCUGCCUCGACGCAAGCCAACGGAGCAAGAGAACCGGUGCCAGGUGAGGUGUCUACGGGUGAAGUAGGCACCAUCAGAGAGGGCACCGUCGUCAACUCCAAGAAGCGGAAAUCUCCCAGUCCUGGCGCCAUCGAAGACCCUGCAGCAGGCAGUGCCCUAGGAAGUGGUUUCGUCAACGUGCGACGAACAUUACGAGAACUGCCUUUGUUCUCCACAUUACCUCCCGACAUCCUCCAUCAGCUGGGACUCAGCGUCCAGCCAAAGACAUAUCCUCCAUUUACAGACAUCAUCCAACAAGGAUCGGCCGGCAACGAGAUCUUCUUCAUUGUUCGAGGUGAAGCAGAGGUUGUUCAUGAAGCACCAAGUGAACCACCAAAGAAGAUAGCUCGUGCGACCUAUCUCAGGCCAAGAUUAAAAGCAGGUCAAUACUUUGGGGAAGUGGCCAGUCUUGGGUUGUCCGAGGGUCGAACAGCGACAGUGCGGGCAAUUACAACGGUCGAGUGCUUGAUGAUCCCCGGAGACGCAUUAGACACGCUUUGGAGCCGAUGCCCACCUGACAUCAAGUCGCAGGUUGAGGAGACAGCUCGCAAGCGAUACAAGAAUUCUGACGAAGACGUUGAAAUGUCAGAUGCAGACCCCAUGGAAAGGACCAGCAAAUCAGAUCCUCCGACACCGACAACACCCAAAGCUCUACCGCACGUCACGUUCACAACGCCCUCAAAACCGACGUCACCUACAAAGGACGAUGUGGAAACGAUGGAGCCCAAGGACCCUGAUCCUUUCUUGAGCGUGGACAUGGAGAAUAUGCGAAAUAGGCGACGCAAUUCCCUGGCCCCGCCUACCCCGCAAUCCGACAACUCCUCGUCAAUAGUGACGAACGGCUUCCGAACUCACCAGAUUGAGUCGACACCUCUUCGCUUCUCUUUUCCACCACAGUCGCCAACCGAGCAAGAAGCGCCCGUCAAGCGAGCCCGGACACUGCCACGGCGUCCACACCCGGCCCAGACCCCAGCUCUUCCCGACGAUUUGCUCGUGGAAGCAUUCCGAUACCUCAAUGUUGCAGAGCUGAUGAACGCGCGAAUCAUUUCGUCUCAUUGGCGGAAGCUGUUGACGACGCACCCGAAGGUUUGCAUGGAUUUGGACUUGUCUGAGCAUAAUAGAAGAGUCACAGAUCUGGCCAUCCGAACAGUCAUUGGUCCUUUCGUUGGCAACCGCCCGGAGACGAUUGACAUUAGCAACUGCUUCCACAUUACCGACGACGGUUUCCGAAGUCUUUGGGAGAGCUGUGGCCGCAAUGUCAAACGAUGGCGCAUGCGAUCCGUGUGGGAUGUCUCUGCAAAUCAGAUUCUGGAAAUGGCAGAGAACGCAAAGGGCCUGGAGGAGAUUGACUGGAGCAAUUGUCGCAAGGUUGGUGACAACUUGCUGGCACGUGUCGUAGGCUGGGUAGUACCCGAGCCGCCACCACCCCAACCGCCCAGCAAGCAGGUGGUGAUAUCCAGUUCUUCGGCCAAGUCAAAGCCUCAAAAGGCUGUUACGCAACAGGCUCAACAGAGAGCUGCUAACAUCCCCAAGCCGGGCACCAUCAUUGGCUGCCCCGCCCUCAAGCACCUAAACUUGUCGUAUUGCAAGCACAUCACUGACAGGUCGAUGGCUCAUCUUGCUGCGCAUGCGUCCAAUCGGUUGGAAUCGUUGUCCCUGACACGAUGCACCUCAAUCACAGACGCCGGCUUCCAGUCUUGGGCUCCGUACCGGUUCCUGAACCUGUCUCAUCUGUGCCUCGCGGACUGCACUUACCUCUCUGACAACGCGGUCGUCGCCCUCGUCGGUGCGGCCAAGAACCUGACACACCUGGAUCUUUCCUUUUGCUGCGCUCUUUCUGAUACCGCCACGGAAGUCGUCGCCUUGGGAUUACCUCAGCUGCGAGAACUUCGCCUCUCGUUCUGCGGCAGUGCCGUCUCGGAUGCCAGCUUGCAGUCGGUUGCACUACACUUGAACGAGUUGGAGGGCAUCUCGGUCCGCGGCUGCGUUAGAGUCACUGGCGGCGGUGUCGAGAAUCUGCUUGAAGGAUGCAGUCGUCUACAAUGGGUGGACGUUAGUCAGUGUCGAAAUUUGGAGAAUUGGAUCCGAAGCGGAGGUGUUAUGCGGUGGGGAUUCGAUGAGCGCGGUGGUAAUGGUCUGUCACCGGGACAGGUGCCUUUGCCACUGCCUAGCCCGACACCGGCUGCUACGAACCGCGGUGGACGUGGGGCAAGGCCGCUAAGCUUCCGGAGAAGAGCAAGACACCCCGUCCGAUUCAUUGUUGAAAAGGGAGCAUUCGGGCUUAGAUGA